AUGGCGACAUGCCCUGUUCCACCACCGACGGUCGAGGUUGUUCCCACCGGCGACUCUGCUUCUGGAACAACGACGGCUGUCUCCACCGCCAACCCCGCCCACGCUGCCUGGGCUGGACGCCCCAUCUCACUGGACGAACAGAACAUGUGGGUUUUUAGGGGUCUCCGUCCAGAAUUCUGGGCACUUGCUGCAUCGCUCACGGUCACCGGCACUCCGGUAACAAUCCCGCAACUUUCAGAUUAUUUGCAGGCGCAAGAAUUCAUUCUUGCAGAUGAUUAUCCGGCGUCAGGCGAUGGGAUCAUCGCGGGUUUUCCGGCUGCUCUUUACGCUGGACGUGGGCAGUCCGGCGGAGGCAGCUCUGGCAACUCCCGCGGCGGUAAUGGACGAGGCAGAAACGGCCGAGGUCGCAGAGGCAAUGCCGGUCGUGGCCGGAAUGGUGCGCCGCGCUGUCAGAUUCGCCGGUCGCACGGGCACAUCGCCGUCUACUGCUUCAAACGAUACACUACCCAGCCUCUGGCGCAGGCCAACCUCGUUGUUGCUGGUGAUGAGACGUCGGCAGUUCCGGCAGCGCAGUCCUGGUUCCCGGACACGGGCGCUACUGCUCACGCUACUCCGGAUCCGAACAUGGUGAAUCAAGCCGACGAGUACUCCGGUGGAGAUGUCCUGAGAGUUAGUAAUGGCACAGGUUUGACGAUUUCUAAAGUUGGACAUGCAUCUUUAUCUAUUCCUUCCCACUCUAAACAGUUAUCUCUAUCCAAUGUUUUAAUUGUGCCAGAUUUGUCAGUUCCGUUGUUAUUGAAAUGUACAUCGUUUUACAAAUGA